UUUAAAAAAUGUUGAAAUGUAAAUGUUAUGAAAUUGACGGUAAUUUGUUAAUAAUUUUAGAAUGAGAACACGUCAAAAUGAAAUGCUAGCAGCCGAUGUCGUCUUCGAUUCAACGGUACAGAGUAAUAAGUUAUUUUUUUGUUUCGCAGUGUGUUCGCAAUAUCGAUGCUAAACAAUCUACUUGAGAAACUUUAAAGUGGCUAAUAAUGGCGUUUUCACUGAGGAAAAUGUUUUCAAAUAUAACUUAUUUUAAAAAAUCGGACGCUGAGGAACCCGAACCGAAUGUGAAAAUACGUCGGCACACAUAUGUAGUAGAAGAACCUUUCAAUGUAAAUUACGAGUCGACAGAAGCAGAUUCAACGUCUCGACAGUGUACUAGCCUAAACCUUCCCGAAACAGUGAAAAAUUUGGCCGAAAAAAAAAGCUCUUUCUCAGACACGGAUUUGUUAAAUUUAAAAGUCGCAACGCCAAUUCGCAAAAAGCGUCUGUGUAAAAAACUGAAAUUGGAUGUAAAAAAAGCAAGUCAAUCGAUGAAUACAUUAAAUUGUGACAGCAAUGUUGAAAACACUCCAAAGCAUGUACAUUUAGAAUGCAAGAGCUCCGAUGUCUUCAGCGAGAGAUUCCGAGGAUUGGACUUCAAUAAAUCCUUUAAUUUAAUUGAUGCUUUGUCCGAUGAUCAAUCGUCGUCACCGUUUGAGGAAGAUUUUGAUAUAGAGUCACUCUCGGAACACUCAGAUUCAGAUAUAUCAAUGCCUACUAAUAAGUCUUCCAUAAAGAUGUGUCGUAAGGUUUCAGACAGCCAAUCUAGUGAUGAUAAACAAAUAGUUCCAUCAGUUAGCAUUGAAUCAUUUGCAGACAUAGAAGUGGAUAGGAAUGAAGAAGAGAGAGUCAGGUUACUCGACAACUACCGAACAAAACUAGAAAAGUUAGAGUGUUUUAUGAAAAAGCUGCUCAGUGAAUUCCAAUUUCACAUUGAAGUAUCUAAAGUCUUCAAUUCUAGGUCCCACAUCUCAUCAAUACCGGAUAAUAUAGAUGACAUACCUAAAAUGCUAAAAGAAAUGAUGGAUGUCAAUAAAACCACCAACAAAAAUAGUUUAUCAGAUUCCUGGAAUAUUAUUCUUGAAAAGGAGGAUAGCAAAACGAAAUAUAAAGUAAAAAAGCAUUUGUUGUCUAUGAAGCGGUUUAUAGAUGAGUUUGUACGUUCGAAUUUGCAAAACUCCGAAAAUUCAGAUACUGAUUCUAAAAUUCGCACUCGACCUGUCAAAAAAUGCCAACGAUAUGUGCCUAAACAUGCAAAUAUAAGUCGUAAGAAGAAAAUCAAACAUUUUGAUUUCCCAGAUUUGAGAGAAGCCAUGUUAAAUUUAUUUAAUCUGGAUGAUCAAACACAUGAUACUACCAUUGAUAUAAGUUCUUCAGAAGAGUCGGAUACAUCUAAAUGUAUGUGUAAGUGCCAUAAUACUUCCUCUGAUACUGAUUCAGCAGCAACAUCAACUGUUAAUGACCAAUCAAUGUCCAUAACAUCAUCUAUAGGUAACUUUUCACUCGAUUUAUCGGAAUUAACCGCCUAUUCUGAGUCCCUAGAUCAAAUUGUGAGCUAUAAUAGCUUCCAAGAUACUAGUUUGUAUGGGACACUGCUACAAAAAGCUGCAAUUGAACGAAUUUCAUUCUACGUUCAAGUCCACAGCAUACAAUUAAAAUGCGAACCUGACCUGGAGUUUGAAUCGAGGAAUACUCUAACAUUUCACUGUCCGCCUUGCAAAGAUAUUCAAAUGGAAGAAAAUGGUUUAUUGAGACAUAUUCUAAGUUUGUCGCACUGUGAGAAAAUUCAUUUUCUAUAUAAAACUGUGUAUAUCAAGAAAUGUGUUGCAGCAGGAAAAGAGAUACAGCCUAGUACAGUGUUAAAUCCAAUGAAAAUGUACAGAGAUGACAAUAAAAUUGUCUGCUUUGGUGAUGCAUUAUAUGCAUGUACAUUAUGCUUUGAGAAUUUGAUUGUCGGAGAGUCUGUGCUUAUGACACACUGUUGCGAGCCUCAGCAUAUUGAGAGAAAGGAGAAACUAGCUGAAAUCAUAGGUUAGUGCGGUACAAUCAGCUUUCAUAAUUCAAAGGUUGUGUUUAUGUCAUUGCAAGGAUGUAGCCAUGAUAUACUUAGGAUUAAGGCCAGGUAUGUAGGUCAUAGAUAACGCACAAAAUUAAUUUUAAAUUUAAAAUCAACAUUUGAGGUAGAACAUGUAGAUUUUGCUAUUUUCUUAAUUCCAGCAGAACUUGAA